GCGUUUAACGCGAACACUGUGCUGCAGCACCAGCACGCCACCGGCUAGUUCCUCUAGGCAAGCUGACCGGUGUGGACGGUACCUGAAUAUUCAGCAAGGACCUAACACCAGGAGGCUUCAUGAUAAAAAUGGAGUGAGACAGACCGCUAAACGACUAAAGAAUUGGACCUGCUGUUUUGUGCGUAUUUUCUGACUAUUUUAAUCCCGAAAAAACAAACAUACUACGGCUCAUAUGUCUGUAAAUUAGUAGAACUGUCACAUCUACAACUGUCUUGCAUGUCUGAGCAGGAGUCGAUCAAUCACACUGUAGGCUACUUUUACACGUGUGCGCCUGCUGCUGUGGUGCUGCUGCCUUCGCCGCUCUCUCCGGUCUAGACUGUUCCAAGCCCCGGUGGAUUGACCUGCCAACUGAGCCGCAGCCAUGGGAGGGAAUUUGGGGUGCCACCGCUCGAUCCCCAAAGACCCGACGGAUUUCAACAACAGCAAGCGCAAGUUUAGCGCCGCGUGUAACUUCAGCCACAUCCUCGUGAACCAAGAGCGGUUGAAUAUCAACACAGCCACCGAGGAGGAGCUGAUGACUUUACCAGGAGUGAACCGCACGGUAGCGCAGAAUAUCGUGGAGUACCGGAACUGCAUUGCGGGGUUUAAAAAGGUAGAGGACUUGGCUCUCGUGAGCGGAAUCGGUGCCGGCAAACUGGAGAUCAUCAGACUGGAAAUAUGCGUCUCGAGCAGGACGAGUUCGUCCCAACACUCACCGUCGUCUCUGCGUAAAGACUUCGAGCCCCACCUGUCAAGCACAGGUAUGAACAUCAACACCGCCACACCGGCGCAGUUCAUGAGCAUCCGUGGCAUCACGGAUAAAAUAGCGAAGAACAUAGUAGAAUACCGGAUGGAAAACGGUCCGUUUAAAAGCAUCGAAGACUUGGUGAGGGUUAAUCACAUAAACUCAUCUUUAUUGGACAAAAUUCGCUUUCAAGUGUUUGUAGAGCGUUCCAGAACACCUUCCACCAAUACCAACGGGGGGUUGGCAUACACUACCAAGUCUCACCCGAGCCCCACAUCAUUCAGUCUCCGGAGUGAAGACAUGGAGCUUCCACCCGGGGGGCCGACUCUGAUCACGUCUGUGCGGCCCAACGUGGAGCCUCCGUCGGGGAUGCGGGACGGGAAAGCGGUGGUCAGGGUGGCUACCUGGAACCUCCAGAACUGCUCUUGUGAAAAGGCCAACAACCCGGGCGUCAAAGAGGUCGUGUGUAUGACAUUGCUUGAAAACGACAUCAAGUUACUGGCAGUACAAGACCUGGUAGAUCGGGAAGCCCUUGACAAGUUCUGUGUGGAACUGAACCAGGGCUCGUUGGACAGCGUGAGGAAGUGGAGAGGACCACGGGGGGUCUGGAAGAGUACCGUCUCUGAGAAACCCACAGUACUGUCCAACAAGGGAGUCAGUUAUUCUGGGUUCCUGUGGGACAGCUCUUCUGGGAUCGACCUGAAAGAUGCUUCUGUCCUGGAGAGUCCUGUUGGCAACGGGAAACACGCCCGGCUGUAUCUUGCCCACUUUUAUAUUAGAUCGUCUGAGCUGACGAUUGUCAAUGUCCACAUGAGAGCUCCGGCCGUAUCUGGGGCUGAGGAGUCCAACGUUAGGAACCACCACUCGGAGGAAGUCAAGGCCCACAGACUGACCUCUAGUAUCCAGAAGGCACUGAAAGUUCAGAAGGGCCUGGUGGUGUUGGGGGACUUUGGCCUUUCCCCCCAGAGCAGUGAGCUAGAUCAGCUGAGGAAGGAGCGGCUGAGCCCCCUGGUUCCCCCCAACAUGUUCACCAACAUCAGCACCCGCUUCCCCCAGGGCUCCCUCUGUCUGGACAACAUCUGGGUCAGCAAGUCACUGAAGAAGAUCUACGCAGGUCAUUGUGUGGUGGUGCGGGAGGGCCUGACCAACCCCUGGAUACCUGACAACUGGUCGUGGGGCGGGGUGGCGUCCGACCAUUGUCCUGUCAUGGCCGAGUUCUUUGUGGACGUGGCGCUGAAGGAGCUGAGAAACAGAGUUAGCGUGGUAGAGAGAGGCGAAAGUAUGUCGAAACACGAACGGUGACGACCACUCGCCGGCGCCACGGACAUACAGAUGUGGCGGUUGUGGAAGGAGAUUGUGACAUCAUGACAUGUCAAACUGACCUGACUUUGCUCUGGACUGGAUCCUGCUUUGGCCUGGUUGUUGCAGUGGAGCAAAGGGUGGAUUUACCUGACAAAUGUGAAUUGAAGCACCGAGAUUGCCUUUUUAGUUUCCUUUAUCAAUGUACAGUAGACUACCAUGACAUUGUUUUUGAGUAAAUCAUUUAAGAGGCGUGUGUGUGUGUGUGUGUAUAUAUAUAUAUAUAUGUGUGUAUGUUAUAGACAGACAUGAGUGUGCCAAAAACAUUUUUAAUAUGUAUAUGAAAUAAAAGGAAAUUAACAGACAUUC